UCAAUACUGGGUUACGAGAAUUUUACUUCAAGGUCUUCGUUUAGGAGCAAAUAGAGGAGGUAUAAAUGGAAAGACGAACUACAAUAGCACACAGUUGAUCUUCAGCAACUCGUUAAAAAUGUAUGCUCACAUCGGUUUUGUAAUGUGCCUGUUUGUCGGUAGUAGUGUCGCGUACUACCCGCAAAGAGAAGCGCCUUACUACAGCGGACCGAACGAUCCAUAUUCUGUGGGGUUCAACCAGAACCCUGUCCAGGAGCCUUCUCAAAGGCUUUUCUGGGGCAAUCAGGGAAGCAACCAGGUUGGCGGAACUGGACUAUGGGCGACGUUGACAAACAAGUUCCCCAUCUUGGGAUCCAUGUUUGGCCGAAUGGAGUUGCCUGCUCAAUACGGAGUGCCCAAUCAGUAUGAUGUGUCGACGCAGUACGGAGCUCCUGGUGGUUUCCAGCCUCAAUAUUAUCAAGGACAGCAGCAGUUCUACCAGCAAGUCCCACAGCAGGGUGCUCAGCAGUUCCCGCGGCAAUUUGGCCAACGAUUUGUUCCUUCAGGUCGCGACGUAGGAAUUACUGACGAUGCGGUGAUAGUGACUCCUCCAUUCGUGCCUCCCGUCCAGCCAGCGCCUUUCCCAUCACCAGUACCUGCACCUGUGCCUGCGCCUGCCCCGGCACCCGUGCCCGCGCCUGGUCCCUCUCAGGAGGAAGGAUACACAUACAACAGACCUCAGUAUAGGUUGGAGCUACCCCAAAGAUAAGUAGACAUUGUACAAAGAAAGCACUGACUGACAGUAGAAAUUUAAUAACGUAGUUUAGUCAUUGCACUUCAGUUUUAACUAUAUUUGAAUUUAUAAUUAAAUCCAUACAUUUGAUUAGAAAUUUCAACUGUCAAAAAAAUUUACUCUUCCAUUGGUUUGGCAUUGUUUUUUUGCUAUAUUGAGUUACAUAAGCCUUUUGUAACAUUAAUUUAAAUUGUGAUUUUAUAAGCCAGUAUUAGCUAUUAGAAUGUAAAGAGACAAAAUUGGACAAAAAAUAUAAAUUGCCGUCUUAAGUCUUCCCUUCAACCACUCCACUGUGCCAUUAGAAAAAUAUCUACGCUUGGUCUUUCAAUAUUAGAAAUUGUACUGCAAUGCUUUUGAAAGGUCUACACGUUAUAGAUACCAAUAUAAUGUGCCACAUCUAUCACUAUUUUAUAGUAGAAUACGGGUUUAAAAACUUCACGCUCUCUGGUAAUCUAAUGACACCACCAUAUUUGUAAAGACAUUUGACAAUUAAAUAAAACUCAUUAAAAUGAA